AUCCCCGAUAUCCUCCUCCUCAUCUCAUAUUCCAUUAAUCCCCAGCAACAUACAAGCAUCCUCAGUUAUUCCAUAUCAGCAAAACAAGAAGCACAUGAACACUUAGAGGGAGGGAGAGAGAGAGAGAGAGAGAGAGAGAGAGAGAGAGAGAGAGAGAGAAAUUAAGAGAGAUGAACCCUUCUUCUGAAUUCAGCUUAGAGAGCAAGCCCAGCAGCUGCGCUCUGUUAUUCAAGUCUUUUGGCGAUCAGUUGGACAAGACCAACAAGCUCGAAGACUUCCUCAACCGAUUGGAAGAGGAGCGCCUCAAGAUCGACGCCUUCAGACGUGAACUUCCCCUUUGCAUGCAACUGCUCAAUGAUGUCAUGGAAGCUUCCAGGCAGCAACUAGCAGCAUGCCAGCUGAAUCACAGCUCUAGCCCAGUUCUUGAAGAAUUCAUACCUCUUAAACAUCCGGAAUCCUCUGAUAGAAGCCUGACGGCGAUCGAAACGAGUCCUGACAAGACAACUUGGAUGACCACAGCCCAACUAUGGAGCCAAGCCAACGAUGGCAGCAAGCAGAAAGGAUCUGCAGCCAUGGAAUCCGAGCACGGCUUACCGGCAACCUCGAAGCUAGGUCUCGAUGCUAAGCAAAGAAACGGAGGUGCGUUUCUUCCAUUCACGAAAGAUAAGACCGGCGCAACUCAAGCCUUAAGGCCUCUUCCGGAACUCGCACUUGCUCCAAGUGAUAAGUGCGCCGACGAGCCCAGCCAGACGGAAUCAGCGGCGGAGUUGGCAGUUCCGGUCUCGAGAAUCAUGAGCAGUGAGGACGUCCACCGUAGCAAUGACAAUGGUGGUGGAGGAAUAGGGACCGAUCAUAAGAGUGGCAACGAGCAGGCGCAGACUGCAGGUCAGACUCAUAGGAAACCAAGAAGGUGUUGGUCUCCUGAUCUUCACCGCAGAUUUGUCAAUGCUUUGCAACAAUUGGGUGGUUCCCAAGUCGCAACUCCAAAGCAGAUACGUGAGCUGAUGAAGGUUGAUGGAUUAACGAAUGAUGAGGUGAAAAGUCAUCUACAGAAAUACAGACUGCACACAAGGAGGCCAAGCCACACGCCGCAGGCAGUAGUGGCAGCGCCAGCACAUCAGCUGGUUGUCCUUGGUGGGAUAUGGGUUCCACAGGAGUACACAACUGCAGCCCACGCAGCAGCACCAAAUGUGUACACUACUACUAUGGCCGCAGCCGCUGCGGUACAACCGCCACCACCACCACCAUCACAUUAUUCUCAUCCUUCCGCCAUGACUCUGGGGUACUGCUCUCAACUGAAUCCUCCUCCCCACCACCAACUCCGCCAAAUCUAUGCAGAGACUACUAAGGAUAACAAUAACUACAAUAGCGGCAACAACAACAAUGACAACAAAACUUCUUCCAAUUCUCACAGCUCAAUUCGCUCCAGUACAGCAGGUGAGGGAACAGAGAGCGUUGAGGAGGAGGGUAAGUCAGAGAGCGGCAGCUGGAAGGGAGAGAAUGCCGAGGAGAGCAGGAAAGAGUUGGGAAGAGGGUUGUCUUUGAGAAAGAGCAGGUGCUUAAGAAGUGAGAAUGAAGAUGAUCAGGAGGGCGAGGAGAGCACGGGCAGCGAUAUCACCCUCAAGUUCUAGGGAAGCCUUUUGCAAUUCUUAUUGGGUUUCCUGAUAGAGUUUGAGGUUGCAGUUCUCUUUUCCUAUUUUCUCCGAUUUUUUUUUUCUUUUUCUUUUUGGGCUUUGUGAUUGUGGAAGAGAGACUGGAGUCUGUUUAUAGAAUUGCAGGAAAAGUAUCAAGACCCUAUUUGUA